AUGGUUUCCAAAGCUGCUGACAGUGUUCCUUCCGAUCCAAAAGAGUUGCUGAGCCCUCCUAGAGCUAUACAAGGCCCAGAGGAGCUAUUGCUACUUGUUAAAAUAUAUGAGUCCCAGGGACGUCAUGAUGAGAUUGUAAAAAUCCUUGACAGCGAGAAUCUUGGACUAAGCUCGCGAGUCAUCCAGAAUGACUGGUCCUUCGUUGGGGUGAAGCUCUCCAGCUUGGAAAAAGCGGAGAUGUGGAUGCAAGGCUUAUCCUACGCGAAAGAGUUACUUGCAAUCCCUACUAACGAAGCUGAGAAAAAGGCUCUCCAAGAGCGUGAUGACUGGGCGGUUUGGAAACUGCUUGUUAUCUCAACCCGGAACAUCAAUACCCAAGAGACCACUAUCGAGACCCUAAAGUUCAUUGGCGAUUUCCUGGAUGUCGUGCCCAAAUCUCGCAAUGCACGACUAGCUCGCCUAGACUUGAUUCAUUCGGGUGUUCUCGCCGGCACUUCGAAGACGGAAGACCUAGUCUCUACUUGCCAAGAAUAUUUCGAUAAUAACAAGAACAAGCUUUACUGCUUCGGCGAUCUGCAGCUAUACUUGGCAGCACUGGGCAAGGAAGCUGUGACUAAAUUUGUGGAGUAUGCCUCCAAAGGUCAAGAAGGGAAUGUACGUUUCAUACAAUGCCCGUGCCUUCGUUUCCAAGCUGACACACUCGUGAAGGUGAAGAACGACCCUUUCAAGGGUGUGACGACGAUCAAUGCCCUUAAACUUGAAUACUGCUACGAACUGUCAACUAACGGGACUAAUGUCACUAAAAUACAAGUCGAGGACUUCAUCUCGCGCUGUCUCCAAGUCUAUCGUGAGGUAGAUCGUCCAGAACGGAGCUCAGCCCCAUCCACGAUCGAAAGUCAGCCUAGUGAUGAUUUGUGUUUGUUAGCUGCUAUGAGCUUGAUACGCUUCAGCGGAAUAUGGAUUUCUGGUAACCAAGAUCAAAUCCCAGACACCAUCCUCAUCCGCGCAGCUGCUAUUCUGGAGCGUCUCUUAAUUGAUUCUCCUCAUAAUUAUCAAGCAUUGUUACUCCUUGUGCGUAUCUACUUGCGCCUCGGAGCUGGAUCGCUCGCUCUCAAGGUCUUCAGCAAGCUCUCUGUCAAACAAAUGCAGUUCGAAACGGUUGCUCACAACCUCUUCACCCGCCUAGCAACGAUCCACCCACACUCGGCACCUCCAAUUGAGGGUGCAGAGUACAAAGACUUCAACCCACAGUCUGCAUUUGUUCAGGCCUUGAAUUUUUAUCGAACGGCCGAGGUCACGACGGUCAGGCACCGGUCGAAUGGAUUGGAUUUGGGUAGUUACGUAAACAUAGAAGGCACCAUAGAGCUUCAGAGGCGCUUGAAGUAUAGUGUCUGUCGCAGGAUGUGGGCAUUAGACGUCAGACGGAUGCAAAGACUGGCCGGCGGAGAUCCGAUGGGUCGAUAUGACGAAGUUGGUAGGUGCAAGAAUAUUACGUACGGUGGACUCUCCGCUCACACUUACUCAACAGCAAUGGAUCCAUCCCCCGUGACAGACCAGCGUUUAUUCGAUGCAUUCAUGAACUGUGAACCCACCAACCAGCCAACUUUCGAGGAACGGAUGCGCUUGGGACCACUUCCUCGGGAACAAUGGGUGAUGUGUACGAGGGUAACAGACCAGUUGUUUAGCACUCUCAAAAACAUGACUGUUCAAAAGCCAGUGUCUGUUGAACCCAAUCUGCCCAGUCCCAAAGAUUUUGUAGGGUCGGAAGCAUCUUCUGAGAUGACCUCAUCAGAGAUUGAGAGCGCGAAGAUCAAUCUGAGCCUUCUCAAGGUAGCCACAUUUUUGAAUGGCUCGAAGUCCGUUGCCGCUGAAGAGGUCGACAGCUGCUUAACCCAGGUGGAGGAAUGGCUGUGUUCCAAAUCAAAGGAUCUUGACAUGAACGGCCCAAAGAUCUCCCAGCUUGUAUCAGAAACAGCAGUUCCCUUGCGGCGGCAUGAAGCAUCUGCUCCAACCUGGAGGUCCUUCCACGACUUGUACCUGAUCAUGGAGUCGCUCAAGGCGCUCUCGCUCAUAACAUCCAUUGCAUCGAAGAAAACCACCAAGGCUGCAAAACUCCCCAAGGAUCGCAUACAAAGAUUAGCCGAUUCGACGCGCCAAGUCUAUGAAAGUCUUAGGGCCAAUGCCCGUGCGCUAAAAUCAGCUAUCUCUGAGCCGGGAGUUCUCGGAUCUUUGGUUGAUUUGGUGGUGGGCGGCUCUGACGAUGGCGAGGAUGGUACGCAACUUCGGGCAGAAUUGGAUAAGACAUUCGAUACGGCAGCGGUGGAGAUGUUCUGUGGCGAGUUAAUGGAAAGCUGGGAAGAAGGGCUCGAUGGGCUGCUGCGCGUGUCGCUGUGA